AUGAGAGAUGACAGCCGUGGAAGCGAGGAGAACAUUCGCAGGAGUUGGAUUAAAGUCUUUAACAUCAACCUGAAGAGCGAGGAGGACAACAGGUUUGCCAGCGAGAGCCUGAAGUUGGUUACCACUGGUGAUUUGGCCACUACUGAGCCCCAGGCAGUGGGCACCUCCCUGACCAGCGACUCGGCCAGCGAUGUCAGUGACAGCCCGGAGAGCGACGAGAGCUCGGAUAGUUCAAAAGCUGGUGACUCAUGCAAAUCAGAUUCCAGUUCAUGCAACCAAGAAGACUCAAACAAUUCUAACAAUCCAAGUGAUUCCAGUGACUCCAGUGAUUCAAGUGACUCUAGUGACUCUAGUGAUUCCAGUGACUCUAGUGACUCAAGUGAUUCCAGUGACUCUAGUGCUUCCAGUGACUCCAGCAGCUCCAGUGAUUCUAGUGACUCUAGUGAUUCCAGUGACUCCAGCAGCUCCAGUGAUUCUAGUGACUCUAGUGAUUCCAGUGACUCCAGCAGCUCCAGUGAUUCUAGUGACUCUAGUGCUUCCAGUGACUCCAGCAGCUCCAGUGAUUCUAGUGACUCUAGUGAUUCCAGUGACUCCAGCAGUUCCAGUGAUUCUAGUGACUCUAGUGAUUCCAGUGACUCUAGUACUUCCAGUGACUCCAGCAGUUCCAGUGAUUCUAGUGACUCUAGUGAUUCCAGUGACUCCAGCAGUUCCAGUGAUUCUAGUGACUCUAGUGAUUCCAGUGACUCCAGCAGCUCCAGUGAAUCUAGUGACUCUAGUGACUCUAGUAAAUCCAGCGAUUCCAGUGAUUCUAGUGACUCUAGUGAUUCCAGUGACUCCAGCAGUUCCAGUGAUUCUAGUGACUCUAGUGAUUCUAGUGACUCUAGUAACUCCAGCAGUUCUAGUGAUUCCAGUGACUCUAGUGAUUCUAGUGAUUCCAGUGAUUCUAGCGAUUCCAGUGACUCUAGCAAUUCUAGUGAGUCCAGUGAUUCUAGUGAUUCAGGUAAUUCAAGUGACUCCAGCAAUUCUAGUGAUUCCAAAUCUAGUGAAUCAAGUGAGUCAAGCGAUUCCAGCGACUCUAGCAAUUCCAGUGAUACCACCUCAAGCAGUGGCUCCAGCAAUUCAAGUGAAUCAUGCAGCUCAAGUGAUUCAAGCAAUUCUUCUGAUUCCUGCAACAAAAGUAACUCUACAAAAUCUGACAGUGGCUCAAAUCAAAGCAACAGCAGCCAGGGGAGCAAGUGA